GCAUGACUUCCGUCGGUUAGGUCGAGUGGGCGGGUCGCGACUGCAUCAACCCAGGAUGAGCCUCCUAGGCAAACCCCUCAACUACAAGACCUCUCGCAGGGACGUCAGGUACAGACGGACGCAAGCCAGGGUCUACAACUUCCUCGAGAGGCCCAGGGGCGUCCGUGCUGUCAUCUACCACCUGGCUGUGUUCUGCACCAUCUUCGUCUGUCUAGUGCUGAGUGUGCUGCUGACGAUGCAAGACUACGAGGAACAGGCCACCACCAUCCUCUUCUACAUAGAGUCCUUCGUCGUUGUCUGGUUCACUAUAGAGUAUGUGCUGAGGUUGUGGUCAUCAGGGUGUCGUUCCAGGUACCAGGGGUUCUGCGGGAGGAUCAAGUAUGCCAAGCGACCCUUCUGCUGUAUAGAUAUUGUGACCAUCGUGGCGUCGGUGGUGGUCCUGGCCAAUGGGACUGGUGGCCAGGUGGUCUCGGCGGUCCGCGGCCUCCGAUUUUUUCAGAUCUUGCGGAUGGUGCGGAUGGACAGACGAGGAGGUACCUGGAAGCUGUUAGGGUCUGUCGUUUAUGCCCACAGACAGGAGCUGAUCACCACGCUGUAUAUAGGGUUCCUGGGGCUCAUCUUCUCCUCUUUCCUCGUCUACCUCGUCGAAAAAGACAACAACGAGAACUUCAGACACCUCCCGGACGCCCUCUGGUGGGGGGUGAUCACCCUGUGCACGGUGGGUUAUGGGGAUGUGGUGCCCAAGACCUGGCGGGGGAAGAUCAUCGCUUCAGGUUGUGCCCUUCUCGGGAUCUCAUUUUUCGCCCUUCCAGCGGGUAUCCUAGGCUCAGGGUUUGCCUUGAAAGUACAGCAGCAACAGCGUCAGAAGCACAUGAUCCGUCGGCGCCAGCCAGCAGCCACACUCAUACAGUGUUUAUGGCGGUGCUAUGCUGCUGAUGAGCACUCCAUGUCCGUCGCCACCUGGAAGAUACAUCAGGUCCCUCUGCCUUCACCACCCUCGAGACAAAUCAGCAUCAAGAUCGAGGAAAAGGAAAAGAUCACUAAUGCUUCUUCAAUCUUCAAACACAAUGCAUCCUUUGUUACUAGACUACCAACGAUUCGCCGUCAUAGAAAUGUUCAUUCACCUUCAAUCAAAAACAGACAUACAGAUUCUAAUCAUACGCUAGAAAAUCUUGUAAAUUCUAAUAGGUUAAAUGCGAGUCAUAGUGAAGAUUCCGUCUCCAAAGAAUCUUCGGAUGCAGUCUUAACAAAGAAAAAUUCUGAUGAUGAGGAUGAUAACCAGCCUCGGGUUCUUCAACUAACCAGCCAGCACAAAGCUGCCAUCAGAGCUAUAAGAAAGAUCAAAUAUUUCACGGCCCGGCGCAAGUUUAAGGAAGCGCUGAAGCCAUACGACGUAAAGGAUGUGAUUGAGCAGUAUUCAGCUGGGCACGUCGAUCUUCUGUCCCGUGUCAAGACUCUCCAGGGGAGACUAGACCAGAUAUUGGGGAAGCAGGGUUCUAAAGCCAAAGAUGUGUACGAGUCCAAGAUCAGUCUGGCAUCUAGGAUAGUUAAAGUGGAGAGACAGGUUGAUGAUAUUGAAUCCAAAUUGGAUCAGUUAAUCGACCUGUACAUGGAGGAUCGGAAACGUCUUUUGGCAUUGCCUGCUGCUGGUGUACCUACUGUGCCUCCUGCCCCACACCCAGGUUCCCCAGACAGCUGCAGUAGUGGGCCCACCACUUCUUUUACACCUGCCACCAGCAAUCAUCCUACGGCACCAUCGUCUUCCCUUGCCGUUCCGGGUGCUCCUCCGCCCUAUGCGUCAGUGCUCAAGCCCAAGCCAAUCCUGGUGGAUAAGCAAUCUUCAGAACCCAAUACUCCAACUAACAAGUAUUUUGAAAGACCUAUGACCAGAGGGAAUUCUGAUGUCUCUCAAAGAAUGAAAAAACGAGUUACUUUAAGCUCGCUGCCGUCCCGCCAUUCCUUAGAGGCGAAGGAGCCUGACUUGCUACAGGUGCCACAGGUGGUACAGAUAGAGCACGUGGCUGCCCCAUACAUCGACGAAGACUGUGAUUCAAGCAACCAAGAUGAUGACAACAGUACAAUCGUAACUGAGUAUGACUCAUUAGAGCCAGCCACAAUCCUAGAGGAGAAUGAGCUCUCCACCUUAAUCAUCCCUACCAUCUCUGCAUCUGUUGCCCAGGAAGGCGCAACUCUACAGGUUCCCCCACCAGGCAUUCUGAGCCACUCUGGAAACCUGAAUCAUCAUAGCAGUUAUCAGCAUUAUCACCCCCUUCACCAUCACUAUCCGCGCCACCUACAUUAUACUCACCAUCUUUCACACCGACCACCUUCAUCUUCGUCGUCAUACACACUACUGCCCGUCCUUGAGCCACCAGUAUUGGUGACAGAGAGCAUUGAGCUACAUGCUACUGAAGGUUCAGAGCUCUUGCCACCAGAAAUUGUCACAACCAUCCCCAUGGAGGAAUCAUUGUCAUGAUGGUGCAAGAAAGGACAAGAACACUUCUUGCUCAGGGCAUUCUAAAAUUUAUUUUAUUUUUUAUCAAUACAGUACAGUAUUCUUAUCCCUCUCUUUAACUAUUUGUACUUUAACUCUCCUUCUUUAUACCCAUGUUACUAGUUAACACAAGAAAAUAGAAUAAUAAUCAAUUUUAGACAAAGAAUUCUAGUUAUUAACUUUGGUACAUGUGUUAACUGAGAACUUGAGCUUUAAUUUAUACUUGUAGGCUCUGAUGAACACUAUAUCCUCAAUUUCCCAUGGUGGCUUAUUAUUAAAUCAUUCCUAUGGCUCACUCAGAAUUGAAGGGUUAUCUUAAACAAGGUAAGUUUGGGUAGGGACAGAAUGUUCUGUGUUGGGCUCUGGCUGUCAGUAAAAGUCUCAAACUUCUUACCCAUUGCUGUCAUAAAGUACUACUUUGUAGUAAUUUUACACAAACAAUAUACUCGCUCUUGUUAAGAAUAAAUAUAUAUAUAUAUAU